AUGCAGUCUGCACGUUAUUGUGAAGAACAGUGCGAGAAAAGUAUAGAGGACGAUCUCUGUGAUAAUAAAAUUAAAGAUAAGGAAUUUUGCUGGAGGACUUGCGGUGGUAUUUUAAAUGAAGGACCGAAACCAGAGAUACCUAAUCAUAUUCGAUGGACUUAUACACCUUCAUAUGCUAUAAAUAUUACUUGGGAUGGCAAUGGUGUAAUUUAUUUGUUAGAAGUAUCAAAAGAAUCUGAAACUGUUGAAGAAUAUGUAGAAGAUAUUCUUCUGGUCAAUACAUCACUGGUUAAUUACACAAAGUCAGAAAUGAACUUUUGCGAUACGUUAUUUUUUCGUUUGGCUACAGUAACAAGUGGAGGUGUCAGUAAUUUUAGUGAAAUUCAGGAAAUUGCUGCAUCUGCUCCUGAAAUUGUUCAGAAUUUAACUGUACAGUCAAUGGAAUUCAUCGUAAGCAUUAAGAAAGCUAUUCGUCAAUUAAAAAACUACUUACGAAUUAUAUGCUUCAUUGACUCAAAAUCAAAAAAUUUGUUAAGGCAAUUAUCAAUUUUUCAAAAUCAACCAUUUAGUGACAACGGUUAUUACUCCAAUGGAACCAUUCAACUAACACUUAGAUAUGCAAUACCAAAAUAUAAUUGGCCAUUAGGAGAAAGGGACGUGAAAGUAGAUUUACUCUUUCAUAUGGUCAGCUGUGAUGUUCCUGAUCUAUCCAAAGCUGUACCAGCACCUGAAUUCUUACCAGGUAUGGAGUCACAAACUUUAGUGGCUAAGUUCGGUGCCGACUUAAUGUAUCGUAAAUGUCAAUUCUUAUAUUAUGUGAGCAGUGUGCACAGUGCACAUUGCGGUACGACAGAAACCAACAGUGAUUUUGAUGAAAAUUCAAUGAAACCAUUAAGAAUAGACUGCUCAACGGUUGAAAAUAGUCCUUGUGCUUACCAUACCAAACUGCGUUCUCCACCAAUGUGUGGUCAAGUGGAAGGAUUCAAUUAUCAGAUUAUCAAUGAUCAUAUUGACCCAAAUGAUGUUAACAGAAAUAUAACUGUGAAUGUUACAUUUCGGUCCACUCUUUUUAACAAACAACCAUUGUAUUUUGUAGCAUUUUAUGGAGAUGCUAAACCAUUUGAUAAAGAAAUUGAUGUAGAAUUGCUUGGAGUCGAUAUGUAUAAUAUUUUAGGUAAUGCAACAAACUGUCCCGAAUUCAUAUUUAGUGAAAAAUGUAAGAUGAAAAUGAAUCUUUCCAAUGUUUCAAUUCUGAUAACUAAUCUGCAAAUGAAUAAGCUAUAUGGAGUGACAAUUUGCGCUGUAAUUGAUCUUAAAAACUUAACAUUCCCAAAAAUCAAAGGUGCUGUGCUUGGGAUGAAGCCAAAAGCAAACAAAAUAUAUAUCAGUUCCAAAGCGUUCCAAAAAUAUCAUCCAAGUUUGAUGACAUAUAUUAUUGCUGGAAGUAUAGCAACAUUAUUUUCGCUUCUUUGCACAUUUAUAUGCAUUCAACGGAGACAAAACGCCAAAAUUAAAUUGCGUCAGUUGAAAUUGGAACAAAUGAAACAUUGCAACGAUCUGAGAUAUACAAAUUUACCAAAAAAAAAAGAUAUUUGGGAGUUAGAGCGUUUAAAUCUGAUCAUCAAUGAUGAUCAAAAGCUUGGAUCUGGUGCAUUUGGAUCAGUUUAUAAAGGACGAUUGAUUGGUCUUGCAAAAGGUAACAAAAAUGCGCAGUCAACUUUAGGUGUGAAUCUGAUGAGAGCAGGAAACUGUGACGUAGCGGUAAAAAAGUUACCAGAAUAUGCUGAUCAGCUAUCCAAAAGUGAAUUUCUGCGUGAAAUUUCUUUGAUGAAAACGUUGGGAUAUCACGAAAGAUUAGUGAAUAUGCUGGCAUGCAUCACAGAGACAGAGCCGUAUUGCUUAGUGGUUGAAUAUUGUUCUGAUGGCGAUUUGCUGCAUUUUUUGAGAAAACGAUGUGCAUAUAUGAUGAAGCUCACGGAAAUGGGCAUUGACUAUGAUGAACCCAACUUGAGUGAUAAAAUAAACACUGAUUUGGUGAUAACACUUAAGCAGUUGUUAAUGUUCGCUGUACAGAUCAGUUAUGGCCUGGAAUAUUUAAGUCAAAAAGGUUUUGUUCAUCGGGAUGUCGCAGCUCGAAAUGUAUUGGUUCAUGAGGGCAAAAAUGCCAAAAUAGGCGAUUUCGGCUUAUGCCGAUAUAUUUAUCGCGAUAUUGCUAACUACAAAAGCAAAGGUGGACGAUUACCUGUAAAGUGGAUGAGUCCAGAAGCCAUCAGAUACUACGAAUUUACUACUCAAUCCGAUGUUUGGUCAUUUGGCAUAUUAAUGUUUGAAAUUGUUACCCUCGGAGGUACACCUUAUCCUGGUAUACAGCCAGAUGAUAUGCUUGGAUAUUUAGAUGCUGGUGAACGACUGGAUCAGCCAGAUAAUUGUCCUGAUAACUACUAUGAAGUGAUGCGGAGCUGUUGGGCUCAAGAUCCAUCGUUGAGACCUAAUUUUGGAGAUAUUCGACAAAAGUUAGCCAGCCAAUUGGAAGACAUCACAGAUCAGUAUUCAUAUCUAAAACUUGAUAAUCAACGUGAUUAUUACAAUGUCACAUAUGACGUAGGUGUUUUGUCAAAUGAUUUCAAAGAACAAUUAGGAGAUGACCAACAAAUGGAAAUGCUUGCAACAAACAAUAUGAAAUCUGGUGAUAUUAGUGAUAAAGUUAAGUGGUCUAGUGAUAUGAAAGGAGAAAACACUAGCAGCAACUUAAAGUCUUUAUCAAAUCAGGAAUAA